AUGGCCGGUUGGAGGCUCGAGGGGCGCGGGGUCGGGGCACAGUCGCGGGGCGCGGGGGCCGAUACCUGCGCACACGCACCUGCGAAGACGCCUCCGCGACGUCGCGCUGGGGCCAGCGGGCGGCGGCGCAGUGAUACCGGCAACAACACCGUGCCGAUGAACCCCCAUUGUGUCAAACGUAUGGUCGCGAAUUCGGCCGCGUUUCUCUCGCCGCGUCAUCACCAACGUGAUGGAAUGUAUUACUUUUGCCCUGUUGCAGUGAAAUCUGAAGGUCAAUUGAGAUAUUUCAGCAACGGAUGCGUUCUACAUGAACGUCCGUUCGUGCCUGAAUAA